ACGCAUUCCGUUUUCAAAGAAACUAUGUCGGACAUUGAAGCUCGAUGCGAGAAAAUGAUUUAUCAUGCAGAAAUAUUCAAAGCAUAUGAGCUUUCCUUAACUAAACAUCAGUAUGAACAAGAUGCUUCUAUUCUAGAGUUGGAAUACGAGUCGCAGCGCCACAAUCUGCAUGAUAUUGUUCUUCAAGCUAUUGAAGAAAGGAAGAAGCUCGUCAAAGAGGAUAAGGAUGAAAGUGAUGAAUUCAUUAAUGUGAAAGAUCUUUUCAAAGAUGCUUACGCAAGAAUACACCAAAAGCAGCGUUUAAGAAAACGAAUGGAUGGUCGUGGUGGGCAUAGUAUCAACAGCAGUAGUCAUAGUGGGCAUCAUACUUCAUCCCCUUCCAGGCAAGAAAACUCAUCCACCCGAAGAAGAAGAGAACGUCAAACAGUUCCGCAUAAUAUACAUGCUCAAACUACGUCAAUGGAAGAAGAGGAGCUAGAAUUAGAUUUUAUGACAAUGAAAGGUUUAUCCACGGCAGCAUACGGUCAUGAUACAGAUAACAGUAAUAAUACGACUAAUAUGCAUAUUGGUUCCUCUCCUUUACCAAGGAGAAGCCAACACCAAGCAUCUCUUCAACAUCAGAGACGAUAG